AUGGCCGCCGCAUGGUCGAUGCCGGUCGAAUUCGACCCGCCCAAGGUGGCGGUGGUCCUUGACAAGUCCACCUGGACCCGCAUACUGCUCGAGGCGUCCGGCUACUUCGUUCUGAACGUGCCGGUCGUGGGCCAGGCCGACAUCACCUACACGGUCGGCUCUACUUCCGGCCGCGACCUGGACGGCGAGGGGCGGGACAAGUUCGAGGCCUAUGGUCUGGAGACGUUCGAGGGCGAGGUGGUGGAGGCGCCGCUGCUGGCGGGCUGUGCGGCCUGGCUGGAGUGCCGUCUGCUGCCCGAGCCGCACAACCACGAGCAACACGACCUCUUCCUGGGCGAAGUCGUGGCCGCCCAGGCAGACGAGCGAGUCUUCAAGGAUGGGCGUUGGAGCUUUGAAGGGCAUGACGAGCUGCGCACACUGCACCACAUCACUGGUGGCCACUUUCUGGUGGUUGGUGGGCACUUGGAUGGCCAAGUGCUGUCGCCAAAGCCAAAAUAA